AUCUCCAAUGUUGACUGCUAUCCACUCAAAGUCUGGUAACAACCUGAAUUUGACUUGGAUAAUUAUCAUUGUAGCAGCAGCUGUAAUACUAUCUGUGGCUAUUGUAGUGUCAAUAACACUAUGUGUAUUCAAAUGUAUUAAUCACAUUAAUAAUUCACAAACAACAAAAAGUAAUCCAAAAUUUCUGUCAAGGACUGAAAUGAGACAAAUAUUGUAUCAGACUAAUAAUCCUGUAGCAAUAACUCAGAAUGCAGAAGAGAUAUUUAACAGAAAUCUUCAGUCCAUAAACCCCAAAAGCCCAUAUUAUCCAGAGAUGGAACAAUCAGCCAAUGAAUGGAAAUUCUCAACAACACCCAGAAGAUUACCAUCAAUUCCUCAGAAUUAUAAUAAAGAUAUGGUAGAGGACCAAGCUGAACAAAAAUGUUAUAAUGAUAGUAUUAUCACAGCAAACAACUUGAAUGACACUCUCCCCUCACAUAAGGAACAGAACCAUGGGUGGAGUGAUGGCGACAUUACACAUCAAGUAUCUGGUAUAUCAGAAUACAGCAACUAUCACCCAAAUAUACCUCCAACACCAAAAUGUAAACAAGAACAAGAAACCUAUUUAGAGCCUGUAUGAUGUACAUUGUAUUUACUUUACACUCAUAACAAUAAAUAAUACUUCCUUCUCAGAACACAUAGAACAAACCAACAAAUAAUUUAGUAUUUCAUUGAAAAUAUUUAAAUGUAUUCAUAAUUAUUAGAUAUAUAUUUAUUAUGAUAUUUGUAUAGCUUUCGGAAAUUUACGUAGAAGUCAUAAAACAGAUGUUAGUUUUAUUGAAGCCUUUGCAGCAUUGAUAAAAAUGAAUAUUAGUAUAUCUUUCACACUGAUUACCAUUUUCAUUUUAAGAAUUUAUAUUUUCUACAAGCAAUCAAACAGAGAUGUCUUUAAGGAACAAAAUACAUCAUAACCUAGUUUCACUUUCUAGUUAUAACCAUCUUUCUUAAAAAAUAUCACUAAAGCUCAUUUCUCUUUCUCUAGCCAAAUCCUCAAAUUUUAUGCAGCUAUAUUUAGAGAGAAUUACCACUGGUCUCAAACAGUAAUGACAUCAAAAGAGAAAGGACUAAUUACACAUGCAGUAGCAUUAAAAAUCCUUCUCACUUUUCACCACCCCACUAAUCUCUCCCUCUUCUCCUCUCCCUUUCUCUGUAACAUUGCAAUGCCAUAUAACCAAGUAUUUUUUUUUUUUUUGCAACAACUAAAACUUAAACAAAAUUAUUUAAGAUUUGAAAUUAUUAUUUCAUUUCAGAAAUUCUUAUAAAGAUUUUUGAUGAUGAAAAUAAACUAUUUUUAAUAGUAAAAUAGUGAUUCCUAACAUAGACACACAGUUUCAAAUUUGGUGGGAGGGAUAUAGA